AUGGUCUGUCUUGUCCCAGGUGCCCUAUACCUCGCCGUCACCAUGUUGUCUGACGAGCUGCUGAAGCGUGGCGGGGCUAUGCUUCUGCAGGACUUAUUCGAACGGUAUCUGAACUGGCCGAACAUUCCAUUGGAAACGCGUGAGAUCAUCGGCGAAAACAAGCCUCGGUUUGUUAGCUUCCUCGAGUUGUUUCCUUGGGCGUUUUCGACGUUUCCCAGCCGCGUGUUCGUGAGUGUCCGCCGCAGACUUCCUUCAAUCGCGUAUGCGCAAUUCUUGCUGGAGAACUUCGGCGAUGCCGAAGGCAGUCGCUUGUUUACGGCAUAUGAUCUACCGAAGAGGAUUUUGCAACCACAGUCAUCUCCUCGGUUGUGUGGUUAUUAUCCGCAUGUUCAGUCAGGCUGUGGAUAUAUGACGUUUUAUUUUUUGCGUUAUUUUAGAAGUGUACUUAUUAUAUGCUUUGGCAGAUACGUAACAUAUGCACUUUUAGGUUGUUGGUUCGACAAUGGUCCAUCAUGCUCUCCACGUAGCGUCGGGGUCGUGAAACCGUCAGAAAACUUCUUCUUUCCAAACGAUUUCAGUACCUCGUCUUUGAGCAGUAUCACGCAUUCCAUAGUUCCAAUAAUGAAUAGAAAGGUUAUUCCGGAACCACUGAAAAUCCCUCCUCAGGAAACGAACGGUGCUGAACCUCUGUUUUGGAAAUCUUAUGAACUGGGAACUGAGAGCUUCGUCAGAAACGUGCUGACGGCCGUUUCAGAUUCGGCUAGCUGCGUAAAUGAUGACGUUUUUCUUAGGUCGGAUGGCAUCACAACUGAUGCCAGCUGCCAGACAGAUUCUGAAGUUGAAAUUUCCGUUUGUACAAAAUGCCGUUCAUCAUCGCAACCAUCCUACCGAUCUAUUUCUGUCCAGACCGGCGCUUCGGACCACGAAGAUCAUUCGACUUCCUCAGCGGCUGACGCAAAGGAAACAACGACGCUUCCUUCACCAUUGGUUCCACAUUCCGUUUGUCAUCAAUUCGUUGUUCCUGGUCACAUCAAUUAA